GGUGAAAAGCAUCGGUAUAUUCGCGUUGGGCAUCCGGAUAGCGCAAGAGUGUAACGGGAUCGAGCUCGUGCCGUCCCAGUCUUAGAUCCGCACGUUAGUUUACUUAGUUGUACAUUCGCAAAUUAAAUGUGUGUCGGUAAUGGGUUUGCGUAUUAUUUUGGUGAUACUUGCGUUGUGGAGUUUCUUUGCGUACGGCGGCCGCGUUGCUCCCAAUUUCGUGUACAUCCUUACCGACGACCAGGACUUGUUACUAAACAGUUUGAUGCCCAUGAAGAAAACGCUCCGACUAAUUGCUGACAAGGGAAAGUUUUUCCAGAACGCGUUCGUCAAUACGCCCAUAUGUUGCCCCAGCAGGUCGACGAUUUUAACCGGAAAAUACGCGCAUAACACUGGCGUCGUCAACAAUUCGAUAUCGGGCAACUGCGGCGGUGAAUCGUGGCGGAAAACUCACGAGCCUGACUCGCUGGCCGCGGUUUUGAAAAGGGCCGCGAAUUACAGCACGUUUUACGCGGGCAAGUACUUGAAUCAGUACGGCUCAAAAUUGGCCGCAGGUUUAAGUCACGUCCCACCUGGGUAUGACUGGUGGAUCGGUCUCAAAGGCAACUCAAAGUACUACAACUACACGUUGUCACUAAAUGGUACCUCCAAGACAUACCGCAACGUCUAUUUGACGGAUUUGCUGGCUGAUUUCAGUUUGGACUUUUUGAAUCAAAACUCCGUCACAGCGGGCCCUUUUUUCAUGAUGGUCGCGCCGCCUGCGAGCCACGCCCCUUUUCUGCCACCCAAACGUUACUUGAACAAGUUCCCGAAAAUGACAGCCGUCCGGAACCCCUCGUUUAACUAUACACCAAAUGGCAAACACUGGGUGGUGUCGAUGCCGCCGGAGCGCUUACCCGCCGACGUUUCGGCGCUUGACCAAAUCCAUCGGCGUCGCCUUCAGACACUCCUCGCGGUCGACGACCUCAUCGAGCGUAUCAUCCUCAAACUGAAGGAGUUAAAGAUCUUCCAGCGGACCUAUGUCAUUCUUAACUCGGACAACGGCUUUCACAUAGGUCAGUUCGGUCAGCCCUGGGACAAACGGCAGCCGUACGAGACGGACGUUCGAGUGCCGUUCAUCAUUAGCGGCCCCGGCAUUCCAAAAAAGACCCUGGAAUCGUAUCCGGUGUCGUCGGUGGACGUCGCCCCGACUAUACUGGACCUCGCCGGGGUGCACCCGCCUCCUUCAAUGGACGGGCGCAGUUUCAAGAAGCGCCUGUUCAAAAACUGGAAGCAGCGCGGCUCCAGAUUCGGCUUUGUUGAGUAUUGGGGCGAGGGCGACGCGAAAACCGUCGAGCCGGCCUGUCAGGGACGGGGCGGCCCCCUCGACGACGGCAGCGUCGCCGAGUGCGACGUCGCACAAUGGUGCAAGUGUCAAGACAGCCGUAAUAACACGUACUCCUGCGUGGUCGAUUUCACCUACCGCGGGACGACUAAAUUCUGCCGUUUCGCUGACGAUUCGAAUUUCAUCGAAGUUUACGACCUGACGCAUGACCCGUACGAGUUAAGGAACGCCUAUCUCGAGACCGACCGCAAGGUCGUCAAUUAUUACGCCGCCAUUUUGAACAAAUUCCAAAGGUGCGCGGGGAAAACGUGCCGCACGUUGUAAACCUACCUCCUAGCAGAGUAGUUCUUUUUGAUUGUAUUGCCGUCACAUUUAAAAUAAAAUUCUUAACCGUCGCGAGGGAGUUUAGUUUUUAAGCCCGCAACCCGAAGUACUAUAGAAAUAAUUCGUCAAGUUUUCGUCCCAACCGAAACGCAAUAAAGUCUAUUCGCAUUGACAUGCGAAAACACUUCAAGACGGCGCUGCACACGGACCACUGAAAUUAUGCGUCAUAUCCACACGCAGACCACGAAAAUAAGCGGGCGUCGGACGCAGACCACGAAAACCGUCAC